AUGGAGGAAAAUGUUUCUGAACAGGCAUGUGUCAACACAAUCAAAUAUGCGGACGAUUGCACCAUGGAUACGUCCAUAAGAUUAGGAGAAUCUAGCGAUUUGCAAAGCGCGCUGGACUCAGUACAAAGUUGGGCUGUGGAAAAUAAAAUGGAACUGAAUGCCAAAAAGACAAAAGAUAUGUGGAUUAACUUCACCGAAGCACCGCCCCCUCUACCACUGCAUAUAGGAGAUGCUAUCAUAGAAAGAGUCGAUAAUUUUAAACUCUUGGGAACCUGGUUUCAAAAGGACCUGAAAUGGAAUAAACAUGUCGAGGAGACCACCCGCAAAGUAGCUAAAAACCUGUACUGCCUACGAGAAUGUAGAAGGGCGAAUCUACCAGUCGAAGUGGGUCUCACCACUUAUUUAACUAAAAUCAGGCCUAUCCUUGAAUAUUGUUCUCCAGUGUGGGGUGGUCUGCCACGAUAUUUAAAGGACGAAUUGGAACGUGUGCAAAGGAGGAGUCUACGAAUUAUUGGCCUCCCGCAUGGUUACUUGCCAACUCUCGAAGAGAGAAGAAUUGAAGCCACAUCGAGGGAACUCGUUAACAUCUUAGGUAAUCCAAGUCAUAUCUUUUAUCAACGAACUAUGGAACAUAAUAAACAUAACUAUAAUCUUAGGCGUAGAGACGGUAUAUUUAAAUACGCACCUUUCUCAGGCACUGAACGACACAGAAAUAGUUUUGUCCCACGAGCAAUGAGACAGGGGUUGCACUAA